AUGCGGUUUCGAACACAAAUAAGAGACAGCAAGACCUUCUCCAAGCUAACCGCGUCCUUAUCCUCCCUGGGAAAGGUAUGCUGGAUGCGCCUGGAGCCCGACGUGGUCCGCUUUACCAUCAUUCCCGAUCAAGGCACCCAAGUGUGGGCAUCAAUACCAGUCGGCACCAUCUUUGAUAACACGACCUACGAACUAGAAUCCAAUUCCGAUGCUAUUAAUAUGGAAGUCAACAUCAGCGUCCUGAACCGAGCACUGCGCUCUUGCUGGGGCUCAGCGCAUGCACAAAUUCGCCUAACUAAGAAAGAUAGAACCCCACUAUUAGCACUAACAGUCCUCUCAUCAGAAUGGACAGAUGGAAAUAUGGCCUUGGCCACCAGCAAUGACCAAUUCGACCCCAACGACGACCCAGCAGCCACAAACUCAGCCGACACAAUUGGGGAUCGAGGACCCAGAGAGCGCCAGACAUGGAUUACCCAAGAAAUCCCCAUCAAGAUCUUACACGAGACAGCAGUGGAAGGCCUACAUGAGCCGCACUGUCCAGACCCAGAAGUACACAUCAUUCUGCCCAAUCUCGCCCACUUAAAGAGCAUUUCCGAUCGGUUCACGAAACUAGCAUCCACAGACACUAAAAGUCGCCAACCGGACAUCAUGGCCGCCGAUGCCCCGGGAAUGCACUCUACAUCUUUCAGCACUAAUGCAGGUGCCACGGCACUUUCUACCAACUCAUCGCCAAAGCUUGAAUUAUCUGCCAACAUGCAUGGCUCGCUACGCUUAGCUAUUGCCACGGACGAGCUGCGGAUCGCGAGUGUCUGGUCCGACCUUGUGAAUCCGCCGUUGGACCCUACGCAGAUGAGCCAGGAGCAAAUGUCACAGCUUCCCAGUGAGCUUAAUCGGAUGCGUGAGGCGCGGGAAGGUGAUGAGUCUGGUUGGGCCAAGGUGCGGAUUGAUGGCAAGGACUGGAGUCGGGUGUUGAGUAUUGGGCGACUCAGUCCGAAGGUUGUGGCUUGUGAGUUGUCUUACGCUGGGAUGAUAUUUCGAAUCGCGCUUGUUGGGAUCAAUGCUGACUUUGUUUCUAAUUUGUUAUGA